ACUCUCCCCGUGCCCGGCUGCUGUCCGGCGGCUCCAUCAUGUCCUGCUUCCCUCAGCUCUGGCGCUCCAGCACCCCCGAAUCCCCGUCCAGCCCUUCUCCCACCUCCCCGGUUGAGAUCGCCGUUCCGAUCAGCCCCAUCUCGGUCACCUCUSCCACCGAUGGCCGCAGGAAAGGCGGCCGCUCGCCCACGGGCUCYCCGUGCUCGCCAAAAGGCUCCCCAUGCUCGCCCAAACCCGCCUCACCCGUCGAGUGCUCCAUCUGCUUCAACACCUACGACAACACCUUCAAAACGCCCAAAUUGCUGCAGUGCUCGCAUGUUUUUUGCUUGGAGUGCGUGGCUCGGCUGAGCGCGGGGCUGCGGCCGGAGCAACCGGCCGAGAUGCUGCCGUGUCCGUUUUGUCGCCAGCUGACCGCUCUGCCCCGCGAGGGAGCCCCGGCGCUCCGCACCAGCCGGGAGCUGCUGGCCACGCUGCCGCCCGAGCUGCAGAGCGAAAAAGCGCUCUGGAUGGAGGGGACGCGGCUCUGCUGCCGCCGCGCCUCGGCUGACCCCGAGGAUCCGGACUCGUGCGUGUCCAUCGAUGUGGCCAUGAGCAAACCGGACAGCGCCGAGGUGGCUCCGGACGGGCUGGCGGCGCGGUUGUCGCGCUGUGAGCUGUGUGACGAUUGGAAACGCGUGGUGCUGCUGGCGGCGCUGGUGAUUAUCCUCUUCUGUAUCGUGCUGUGGCCGGUGCAGUGCGCGCUGCGCACCGGGAACCUGCGCUGCUUCGCCCGAGCCAGCGCGGCCGCACGGCCMGAGAUGCUGCGGCCAGAGAUGCUGCCCCCAAAACCCAGCGCGG